GUAACUGACACGUGUUUAACUGUGGGACUGUUUGAAGGCAAACUUAGCAGCAUUUAAAAGAGAAAGAAGCAGGGGCAAUUAAGUGGAAAGGAGACAGGUGACGUCAUGCCUCUUGUUGUGGUUCGCCCGACCAAUCGGACCUGCUGCAUUGAUACUACGGGAGCCGGAAUGGGACUACCACCUCCAUCACAGGACUUCCCUAUUCCUGCAAUAACGCAUUGCGCAGAGGCGCGAUCCUCCUGCAGCUUUAACGCCUUUGACAUGGAAACCCCUUUGCAGUUACAGCACAGUUUGUUCCGCGAGCAGCAGCAACAUCAUCUGCAGUGUCAGAGUCACGGUGAUCAUCAGUUCCUCAACCAGGAUAGUCCUUGCAACCAUUGUAACAAAUGCACAUAUGUGGCGAACGAUAACCUACACCUUUUUCAUAAUUCCUCCCCCCUAGCUGGAGCUUACAGAACCAACUCUUCGCCUGUCUCCUCCUCUUCUAGACAAGGCAGCCAACUUAACGUGAGCGAGUUUACGCCUUCCAGUCAUGCCAGUUCGUUCAAGCAAUACCACUGUCAUCAUCACCAUCAUUACCAGCAGUGCCACAGCCGGCAGCAGGCAAGUCCAACAAGCCACCAAAGGGAGAACAACCCUUUCACCGAAAUAGCCAUGAGCAGCUGCCGGUACAACGGCGGAGUGAUGCGACCGCUGAGCAACCUGAGUUCGUCCCGCAGGAACCUUCAUGAACUGGACUCUGAAUCGCAGCCUUUGCAGCCCAUUUCAGCUGGAAGUGCAGCACCGGAGGUAGUCAUCUCCAAGCCAGAGCACAACAACUCAAACAACUUGGUGCCCUACGGCUCUGGUGGUGGUGGCGGUGGUGGAGGAGGAGGGGGUUCGGGGAACAGUGGUGGGAAAUCCAGUAAAAAGAAGAACCAAAAUAUUGGCUACAAGCUAGGGCACAGGAGAGCUCUCUUCGAGAAAAGGAAGCGACUGAGUGAUUAUGCUUUAAUCUUUGGAAUGUUUGGCAUCGUUGUGAUGGUUAUAGAGACGGAACUUUCUUGGGGGGCGUAUGGAAAGAUAUCGCUAUAUUCGUUAGCUCUAAAAUGCCUUAUUAGCCUUUCUACGAUUAUUCUGCUUGGUCUAAUUAUUGUAUACCACGCACGAGAAAUCCAGUUAUUCAUGGUAGACAAUGGGGCAGAUGACUGGAGAAUAGCAAUGACAUAUGAGCGAAUUUUUUUCAUUUGCUUGGAAAUAUUGGUUUGUGCGAUUCAUCCUAUUCCAGGGAAGUAUACUUUUACAUGGACAGCACGGCUUGCCUUUUCUUAUACCAUAUCUACAGCAAUUGCUGAUGUGGACAUCAUUUUAUCAAUACCAAUGUUCUUAAGACUGUAUUUAAUCGCCAGAGUUAUGCUUCUGCAUAGCAAACUUUUUACGGAUGCCUCAUCAAGAAGUAUAGGAGCACUAAACAAAAUCAACUUUAAUACCCGUUUUGUAAUGAAGACAUUAAUGACCAUAUGUCCAGGAACAGUACUUCUGGUCUUUAGUAUCUCACUAUGGAUAAUCGCUGCAUGGACUGUCCGAGCUUGUGAAAGAUAUCAUGAUUUUCAAGAUGUAACAAGCAACUUUCUGGGAGCUAUGUGGCUUAUUUCAAUUACCUUUCUAUCCAUUGGGUAUGGAGAUAUGGUACCUCACACAUACUGUGGAAAGGGAGUUUGCUUGCUGACUGGAAUCAUGGGUGCUGGUUGUACUGCACUGGUGGUGGCUGUUGUUGCAAGAAAACUCGAAUUAACCAAAGCUGAAAAACAUGUACAUAACUUUAUGAUGGACACACAGCUGACAAAACGAGUGAAAAACGCAGCUGCCAAUGUACUCAGGGAAACAUGGUUAAUUUAUAAAAACACAAAGCUAGUUAAAAAAAUAGACCAUGCAAGAGUCAGAAAACAUCAGCGAAAAUUCUUGCAGGCAAUCCAUCAAGCUCGGAAAUUAAGAAGUGUAAAAAUGGAACAGAGAAAACUGAACGAUCAGGCAAACACUUUGGUGGAUCUGGCAAAGACUCAGAAUAUUAUGUAUGACAUGAUUUCAGAAUUAAACGAAAGAAGUGAAGACUUCGAGAAAAGAAUUGUAACACUGGAAAAUAAAUUAGAGACCUUAAUUGAAAGCAUUCAAUCUCUCCCCGGACUGAUUAGCCAGACAAUCAGCCAACAGCAAAGGGAGUUUAUUGAAACAAGUAUGCACCUUUAUGAAAAGCAAGUUGCCUACAGUGCUGAAAGAUCACGGUCUUUGUCUAGACGAAGGAGAUCCUCCUCCACAGCCCCGCCAACUUCAUCAGAAAGUAGCUAGAAUAUAACAAAUUAACAGAAUAAAGACUUUUUUGCCAUCAUAUGGUCAAUAUUUUAGCUUUUAUUGUGAAGCCCUACAGUUCUAAGCAGUGUUAUCCCGGUUCUGAUAUCAGAAUCUAGGGAACCUGAACAUGUUUUAGGCCAAAUUGAGUAAAAUACUCUACUUAUUUUAGAUGCACAGUGAAUGCACCUGUCAUUGCUAAAUAAAUUGUUUCUUCUGUAAUUUGAUUAACUUUUUACUCAUGCACUGCAGCAAACUUUCCUACUAUAAUAUACAAUAAAAAUAAUAAUUUCUGCAUGUUUUGUUUGGUCACUUUCAGAUCUACUUUUCUGAGUGCAGCUGAGUUUUAAUCCAGGAAAAAACGCAACUGUAUGACCUCACUUAUAUUUUUGGUAGAUCAGCUUUGACUUAUAAAACAAUGACAUGCUCAUUUGCAGGUAUCACAGCAGGCCAUAUCAUUGCUAAAUCUUAAAGUAACUAUUUUAAGUGCCAAAGCUGGGAAAAGACUAUUUGUUAGAGAAGAUCAUGAGGAAUAAGGAAAGGCAAUAGCAUAUGAUUUUUUUUCUUCUGUAUUCAAUUACCAACACAUCAUUUCUGUACACCAUAACUGCAUCACAUUCUACAGUCAUUAAAAUGCUUAAGUCCAAAGAAAGUUAAUGGAUAGCAUUACCUUUAUUGUUCAUUUAUCACUAGAAAAUGAGACUGACUAUGUAGGGCUUACACAAUUUUUGUAUUCAUUUCUUAUUUUCUCCAGCCUAUUUUAUGUUAAUCACAUUUCUCCUGUGCUGUUUUGUAGUUGGACUUAACCACAAGUAUUCAGUUACACUGUGAAGCUUACCGUGUGGUCCUUCCACUACAUUAAAGUUCCACAAAAAUGGCUACCUGAAGCAGAAGUAUCUGGGGUAUAAUACUGGAGUGAUACGUGUACACUGUUGCAUUUAAAAGGAGCCAUUAGAGUAUAGUAGGUGUGCUGGUGUGCAGACAGGACUAAACAUUUCUCAGUCACCAUCAGGGAAUGGUUUGCAUGUGCAUGGUCAUUACUGCAUAGUGGCUUAUAGGUGGCGGCACCAUUUAUGCCAACAGUGGAUCCAUGGUUUCUCACAUAACAAACAAGGGAAUGAACAACAAGGAAAAAACUUUAUAUAUUUGGAGCUAUCCAGCCUGUCUUUGUACCAUUUAUGAAGACCAGCCAAAGUUGAACAGGAAAAAUGAUCAUCACAGACUUCAUUGUACAUCCAUCUGAUAGAAUGCUCUACUAGAUGAAAUGACCAGCCUUACAUGGCUAUUACAUUUAUGAACAUCAGUUAUUAUUAUUAUUAUUAUUUGCAUUUUUCUUGGUUACUUUUUAGUAGAUUCUGGUAUGUUUUGUAAGAAAUGGUAUUUUAACCUUUGCCAUUGUAAGAAAAUCAAAUUGAAUAUUAUUUUAUUAGCCAGAAUUAAUUGUUGGUAUAUCAUUCUGUGUUGUUUGUAUAUGUAUAACAAAAAUAUUUUUUCAAUUUAAAUAAGAUUUCAUAAAAUUCAAUGUACAGUAGUAGAUACCUAAUGGAGUUUACUUUCCAUUACUAAAACUGCAUUCUCAUAAUUUUACUUUUGAUUAAUAUGCCAAACUUUUUUAUUUAAGAAGCUAAUAACCACCAUGCCCUCCACUUGUAUAGAAUAUGUACGGUUUGUGCCUAUCACUAAGUUGCAAAGGUAGUACACACAAACACACACAACUCACACAAAUAAGACAUGAAAAGUAAUUAGCCUAGCCUAACAGCAUAAUGCAUGAAUGUUGAUUAUAAACGCCUGGGCAACAAAGAGUACAGUGAUGGAAAAAAAUGCUACCCUCUUUUUUUUUGAAAAUAUUAUCCUGAAAAUUGUAAAAAAGCAUGUAACUCAUGUUAUUGUAAGAUAGAAGGUAUAUGCAAAGUUCAAACAUAUGAGCAAGUGCUUAUACCAGAAGUACGAAGUCAACAAUAGGGCUUCUUACUGCAUACAUAUUACAGUAGCAUGGUUUUGUAAUGGCAAUAAUUUGUAUAAACAUUACAUUUAGUUCUGGAGAGCUCUUUUUUAGCAGAGUAAAAGCAAGCUGUGUGCUAUACAGCUAUGAAUAAAAGCCAUGAUUUUGUUGAUACUGCGAAUCAUCAUGUAGGUCUUAUUCAAAUUUGCUUUUUGGCUACAAGUCAAGUAUUUCAGAGAUAUGUUACUUACCUUGCAGUGGCUUUAUUUUUGAUAAAAUACAUUUUUUACAUUUA